GCCCUCCACAAGGCUAUCUGAAGUAGAUGUUAAUAAAGCGACUCUGUCUCUCUUUUUGGAUGGUGUUUGGGGUUGUCCGGUUUUAGGAUCAAUGGACCGGACCCAAAAGACUCCUAUCUUAUGACGCGACUAGGAAAUGAAUCGAGACUAUAAGCUCACUAAUAAACAUCUGUAAGACACCAUUGUCUGUGAGGCGUGGACACGUAUAUAUUUCGUCGUUGUAGGUCUUCCUUAUUUCCAACAAGAAAAUAAAAACACACUAUUUAUCGAAAGGAAUACUUUCUAGACUAACUCUAACUCUUGAGGGGUAUAUUGGUCCCUGUGAGGGGGCUUUCUCAAGGUGUGGUGAAGACUCUGUCGUACCAUCUGGAACGUGUACAAAAUGGCGUCCAUCAGAUGGACCAUAUACGCUGUUCUCGCUUCAGUACUCUUUAUCACCAAUGUGACGUGCUUUCUUCAACUUGAUCUUCACAAACUUGAACAGUUCGUCGAAAAGACGAGAGGACUUAUUGGGCGUAUGGCAUGUUUGGACGAGAAUGCAGAACUUUGUCUGCUAUGUCCAAAUUGUGUCGAUUAUGUCAUGUAUGGUACUGUGGAUGAUCCAGCAGUUAUCAAUGAAUGGUUGGAUGUCCUAAAUUUCACCAUGGCCGAGACAUCACACUUUGCUGCUCUCGCUUCGUGGAAUUAUGUAACGAAUAUUACCAAAUAUAACACUGAAUUUUUGUCCAAUGUUUCAAUGCUGUCUGGAAACUAUGGUUUGGAGAUGAAAGAUGAAGCAAGAAAAAUCAUUCAAGAUAAACUUGAUGACAGGAGCAAGAGAAUGCUCAAAUUCGCUCUGAGGGGCAGUGAGCUUCGAGAUGGACGUGAAAGAAGAUUGCUGCAAAUGACUACGAAUAAGAUGCAGACGAUAUACAGCGUAGGGAAAGUAUGUCCAUCCGACCAGCCAGCAGGAAAGACCGAGGGAUGCCUCGCAUUGGAGCCGGAUCUAGAAAACAUAUUGGCCAAUAACCGGGAUUACGAUGAACUUCUCCGGGUUUGGGUCGGAUGGAGAGAUGCAGUAGGUCCUAAGAUCGGGAAGCUCUAUCCGACCUAUGUUGAAUUGAAGAACGAAGCGGCAAAAUCAGGAGGUUAUGAUUCCUAUACCGAUGUCCUUCUCGAAAAGUACGAAGACCCCACAUUUGAGGAAGAGGUCGAUGAACUCUGGCAAGAAGUCAAACCAAUGUACCUCCAGCUUCAUUCUUACGUAAGGAGAAAGUUGGCGGGAAAGUACGGAGAUAAGGUAGACGUGCGCGCCCCCAUUCCAGCUCAUUUACUUGGUAAUAUGUGGGCACAGCAAUGGAAUAACAUUUACGACAUCGUGGAGCCUUUCCCCAACAAGGGUACUAUAGAUGUCACCAAUAAAAUGAAAGAAGAAGGAUGGACCGUUCUAAAAAUGUUUCAAGUUGCAAACAGGUUUUUCAAGUCUCUUGGUCUUUAUGAGAUGCCACCAACAUUCUGGACGAGGUCUAUGUUUGAGAAACCUAAAGAUAGGGAGGUUGUGUGUCAUGGAUCAGCUCAUGAUUUCGCAGAGUACAGAGAUGUCAGGAUUAAAAUGUGCACCGAAGUAAACAUGGAGGAUUUAAACACCGUACACCAUGAGAUGGGUCACUGUGAAUAUUACCUUCAAUACAACAAACAACCUGAGAUCCUAAGAGGGGGUGCUAACCCUGGCUUUCAUGAGGCGGUAGGAGAUACUAUAGCCCUCUCUGUCGUUACCCCUGACUAUCUUCAUCAGAUAGGUCUACUAGAUUCCAACAAAAUCGAUAAAAGCCAAGAAAUCAACUACUUGAUGGAGGUAGCUCUCAACAAGAUAGCCUUCUUGCCCUUUGGAUUGCUGAUUGAUAAAUGGAGGUGGCAGGUGUUUCGAGGGGAGAUAACUCCAGAAGAAUAUAAUGAUAAAUGGUGGCAACUUAGGGAGGAAUAUCAGGGGCUGGUCCCACCUGUAAAGAGGACUAGCAGUGAUUUUGACCCCGGUGCCAAAUACCAUAUACCUUCGGGAACGCCUUACAUCAGAUAUUUUGUGAGUUUCCUCAUCCAGUUUCAAUUUCACGAGGCUCUUUGUAAAGCAGCAAAUAACCAAGGUCCUCUUCAUCUAUGUAAUGUCUAUAACUCAAAGGAAGCAGGAGCUAAACUAAAAUCAAUGUUAGAGAUGGGUAUGAGUCGCCCAUGGCCUGAUGCAAUGGAAGUUCUUACUGGUGCCCCCAACAUGGAUACCUCAGCUAUCAAGGAAUAUUUUAGACCAUUGAUGGAAUGGUUGGAAGAAGAAAAUGAUGGGCAGCUGAUCGGAUGGGGAAAUGAACUUAGGAUCUUCCGUCGACAAAGGAAAUAAUUGAAUCAUGGAUGAUACUCUUUAACAUAGUCUCUUUUUAUUUGGGAGGGAGUAGGGAUAGGGAUAGCAAUACGCUUUCGAACCCAAUGAUAGACAUGUUUUCUUGUCAUUCAUUUACCAUGAGUGAUGAUUGUUUUCGAUUUAUUACUUAUGUUGUUUGAUACGUUACUCAUUCCAAUAUUUUCAAACAUGAUUCACACUCAUUUUAGGGGAUAAGGGUCCGGGUUGUAAUUAAAAAAAAACACACACCAAAAAACAUUAUGUGUCCAGAAGAAAAAAGAAUUUGGAAAUUGAAAUCAUAAUUUGGUGAUUUGAAAGAAAAUCUAUCGGAGAUUUUAAUGAUUUAAAAGCUUCUGUCAGAGUACAUUUUAAUGAAUGACUAAUUCAGGCAUGGGAAUAAUAGAGAUUCGUUGAUAUUUUUUUAAUGCCAUGGACGAACGGUUUGUUGGCAAUUUGUCAUAAAAGGGAUGUAUAUUCUUGAGACAAUUGUGUUUAGCAUUCUUUUAUUUAUUUAUCUUUUUUGGAAUAGCGAACAAAUAAAUACUAUACUAGCGAAAAGGUUUAUUAGUGAUCAAAUUUCAUUAAAACUACGGAUGUGUGAUUCACACAAAAACUGGACAAUUGUAAAGUCUUGCCAGAAACGUUGAGAGAAAGAGGGUCAUUCGCAAAAUAGCACAUUAUCAGUUCUUAUAUAGAUUAGAUCAUUGCUAAAUUGUUGGACUGGGUGCAUAUUAAAAAAAUAUGAAAAUAAUGAUCAUAAAAACUACCUGAAAAUAAACGACGGGUGUAGUUCUAGAGUGCAAGAUUGCGUAAUUAUGAUAUUUACACCUGUUCAGUCGUUUAGAGAUGAAAAAUAAAAUAAAAGUACAAGUAACUUCGUCUAUUUCGACCGUGCAUGUUCCCCCACCAGCACACUUUGAGAUCAGGCGAUCAAGCAAUUACCACUUUUGACAACAAUUAAACUAGAGAGAGGUGAGCGUAUAUAGCACGUGGAUGAGAUGGGCGCUGCAGAUGGACGAUUAGAGAUGUGUUUAAGGGCAUGACGUGUACGCGACCGUUCAGCCAAAUACUUGAAUGCAUAAAUAAAAUUUGAUGUUCAGGGGAUAUGAAUCGAUAAUAAACUUGUAAUCUUCAUGUAAUUGAGUAGAUUCUUGCCAAGGUUGUGACCACGCACCUAACAGUUAGCGAGGUCUCCGAGCCUAUAGCCACAAGUUUGGUCAAAUUAUGAAGUGAAGAUUCCCCGUGUUACCUCCUUAGCCUUUCGUAAGAGGAGCGCGCGUAUAUCUUUGAACCUCUUUCAUUACCAUGACGAUACUCGAUUCUUUCCAUACAUUUUACUCGUAGAUAUCAUAAAAAGUACAAGGAAUUCUAUUUAUAUAGAUUUAAACUUAAUUCAUAUAACAUUUAUAUUACUAUUAGAGUAAACAUGUAAUCAUCACUACUAAUGCACCAAUUGUAAUGAACUAUUGUUUCCUGGAAUUCCAAUGCUAGGAAAACAGUACAUUAUGUGCUCUGUCAUCAAGUUUCAUUGUUUGUACUUAUACCACUUUGCUGAUGUAUAUUUCCAGAGCUGUAAUACAUUCAAUUAUGACUUGGCCCAUCAGCGAUUCUAUUGUAUUUGAAACCCAAUGAAACGUGUAGAAACAGACAUCCAAGCCUCGAGAGAAUUUUAUUUAAACAGGUAGAUGUGCUGUAAAAUAUUCUAUCCAUGUAAAAAUUCAUUAUUCGCUUUAAAAUUAUAUCAUUUACUGAUAAUAAAGCCAGGUUUUAGAUUUUUCAAAAAUAUUUACAUGUAAUAAAACCAAAUAUAUCAAAAAAUUCUUCACAGAGUGAAACAGUAUAUGUAUCAAAAUCGUGAAUGUGAAUAUGGGUUGGUUAGCCCAAAUAUCUCGAUGAUAAUGAGACAAAAUUUGAUUGUGGAUUUUGGAAUCGUUUACAAUAACGCAUAAGAUGAAAUAAUCUGGUUGAUAAUUAUGAAGAAAAAAAACAUUUGAAAUGAUAAUGGCGAAUAAGAACCACUAUAGAGAUUGUUGUCACUAUGUCUUAUGUUAAUUAUUUUGUAAUUAAUGGUUUUAUAGAAAUGUCUUAGAUUGUUAUAACCUAGUUCUGUCUUCCUAUGUCCAUUUUUAGGGAUACACAGUUGUCUUGAUUUAAGUUUUUCCAACAAAUCCCACUAUUUGGAAAUCCGUUGCAUUGCCUUUUAAAACAUAAUUUAAACUCUCACGAUUUAACCAACCUAUUAUUAAUCUAUCAGUGUCGUAAGUAUAGGAACAUAUACCAACUGUUGGUUAAAAAAAUCCCCUUCCGUUAUGUAAGCAAUUUCAUUUUUACGAACAGUUUGAGAGUUUCAUUAUGCUAACCAAUCUUAUUUAUUCCCUACAUAAUUAUAUCGUAUAUUCAUAUAAUGCAAUGGUUUUAUUUUUAGUUGAUUUUAGAUUAAUCUCACCUCCAUGUUGGUAUAUACGAAUAUCAUCAAGAUAUGAAAAAAAGUCUACUUGAUAAUUAUUUUUCUCGUAUACAGAAUAAAGUGAUAGUUAUUUAUGAUAAUGAUUAUCGGUA